GUCAGUCAGCGCUGCAGGUCGCCGCCCGCUACGGGGCCGGGAACGUGGUGCAGGCCCUGCUGAGCCGACGCGCUGAGGUCGACUCGUCAGACAACUGGGGGAAGACGCCCUUGCACGAGGCAGCGUGGUACGGGCAGGAUGACGUGGUCAAAAUACUUUUGCAGAACAAUGCCAGCUUCGCCCUUCACGAUAAAUCAGGGAAGGUGCCUCUGCACGAAGCCGUCUGGUUCGGGAGGACGGCAGUGGUCCAGGCGCUCCUGGAGCACGGGGCAGAUGUGAACGCCGUCGACGAUAAUGGACUGACGCCCCUGCACUACGCGUCGGAGCUCGAGAGCGCUAGGAUCUUGGAGACCCUGCUCGACGGCGGCGGGGAGCCCAACGCAAGGGACAAGGAAGGAAUGACACCCCUUCAUUACGCUGCCUGGUUCGGACAUGAGGAAGUGCUGACAGUUUUACUCAACCAUGAGGCUGACAUGACCGUUCAGGACUUACAAGGUCACACGGCACUUCAUUAUGCUGUAGAACACGGAGAACUGGGAGCAGUGAAAGUCCUGUUGGAGGCAGGGGCCGACAUUGACGCCCAGGACAAUAAUGGGAACACAGUGGUCCACCUGGCAUGCCGCAGUCCCGAACCUUUGCUCAUGGUGCCGCUCCUCCUGCUGCGCUGCCCCCGCCUCACCGCCCGCAAUGUCAUAUAUAAAACCGCUGCAGACGUCGCCCUGGAUGACGGACUUAGUCACUUGGCAACACUGAUUGACGCCCAGAGUCGAACCCCGUGCGGUGUGGAGGGCGCCUCGUGGCGGUGAGCGGGGGGGCGCUGGCUGUCACCCCCCUUCAGCCCCUCACCUGUAACUCCAGCUGGGCGCUCGCCACGCGCUCGCUCGCGCACGAGGACUGCUGGCACAGGGGGCAGCUGUACCGCCACUGGGCCAGCUGGUACGACGGGUGUCGCGAGAGCAAGUGCGUCCACGGACAUUUAUUGCAGGAACCAUAUACAGGUACUUCAUGUUGCCAGGUCGGGGAGGACGUGUACCCCGAAAAUGCCACGUGGAGCCAGGGCUGUCACCAUUAUCGCUGCACUUCCGGUAACGCCACUGCGAUAGCGGUGCUGACAGAGGACGUUAUUUUUUACUGCUAGUAAAUUCACUAAAUCCAGUGUUGUCUCUACUGAAAAGCCAAGCUGCUCUCGAGGGAAAAAUGUUUACGCCGAUGGCGAGACUUGGCCGGAGGGUUG